AUGAGCAGUUUGGCAUACUUUUUGGCUAAGGAUACAGUUGAUCAUAUCAAUACUAUUGUAAAGCCUGCAGUUUAUCUAUCAAUGUUCUACUUCUUCAACAAUCCAAGAUCAUCAAUUUUGGAUAAUUAUGUCGUCUUGCUUUGUGUCGUAUGUUUUGUUACUGGAAUAACAUAUGCACUUGCCAUCUACUUUGAACCUGGUCAGGCUCAACUGUGGUCGGUGUUGCUACCAGUUGUCUUGACCCUUGUAGCAAGCAAGGACAGUGCGUUCACUGCGAUAGUAGGAGAUUAUAUCUAUUCAAAGUGGGCCUUGGAAGCAUUUAUAAUUGCAAAUGCUAAAAGGUACUCUGGCGUGUGGCUAAUCACAAGAUGUGGUGUACUAAGGAAAAAAGGCUACGCGCUUGAUCAUUGGUACCCUUGCUUACUAAAACUCAUCCUUCUCGGUGCUGCCAGUCUCUGCGUAGCAUUUUUGUUAUUGAUAACCUUCCAGAAAAAAUAA